AUGGAUAAAUUUGUAAAGAGAAUUCCAAGAAAACAUUUGGAACAAACUAGUGAAUCUAAUUCUAUUUCUACAAGCAAUGAAGUGUCCAUGCAGAAUGAUAAAAUUUCAAGAAAAAAUUUGGCUGAAACAGCAUUUAACAGUGAUACAGAAACUGAAUUACAAUGCUUAGAAUUUGCAUCACCAUUACUUUCGGGUGAUUAUCGUUUGGUUGAAGUUAGUCCAUCAUUAGCUGAUCGAAUAAUAGCCGGUGAACAGCUUGUUAUUCGUGGUGAACUGGAAGAUAGUCCUGUUUUGUGUACGCAUGAUACUACAUUUGAUGUAAAGGAAGUCGUAACAUCAAAUGCAUUAUUACUUUUGCCAGAGUUUAACUUUAGCGAUGAAGCAAAUGCUAAUAAAGGCAUUAAAACAAUUAGAAAGGUUAUAGGGAUGAAAAAUAAUUUUAUAGAAUUACGACAAAUGACCUUUGCAUCAGUUCAGCGAUUGAAAGAAAAGCUACAUGAGAGUGAAUUGGAAUGGGAUGAGGAAUUUAACAGAAACGAUAAGUUUUUUACUGUUGGCGAUUUACUGGAUGUUGUUCAGAUGAGUGAAGUAGAAUUACAGAAAGCUCUCGAGCGUUUACCUGUGAUAACUUUAAAUGGAUAUGUACGGAUGUUAUCAGCAGAAUUUCAUGAUCGUCUUGUAACAGCGUUUGUGGAUUGUUUGGAUGAUGAUGAAGAACCAGGUAUCAUUCUUGAAUCUGUUGGUUUGGAAUGUUUGAAAGAAGCUUUGAAGAAAUACCUUCCGGAUAAGAAUAUUCCUGUAGAAGCAGUUAAUUGGUUGAUUGAAAAAUAUUGCAAUGUUGUUAAAGAAAAUGGUACGGUGACGUAUCAUAUCAACGAAAAAGCAAUUUGUCGAGCAAAAAUUUCACAGCUUCUUCGCGCAGCUGUAAAAUUCGAGUAUGAUACUUUCGAAAAAGCUCUGCAACAACUUUUACCAAUUGGUGUUGAGUUCAAGGAGGAAUACCUGGAAGGGUUAGCAUUCAUUGAUGAGGAACUGACAACCGGGAAGACAAUCCGUUACUUAAACAUUGAAGAUUUGCCGGAAGAGCCGAUUAAAAGAUUAGAAUUACUGUUUUCUCUUCGGCAGUCUUGGAAAGAAUCAAUUAUACAGCAAUAUCUCAGUGAUCUUUGUCCCACGAAACGACAUUUAAAUGAACUUUUAGUGAAUUGUUGCCGACAGAAAACAACUGUAAAUGGUGAAAAGGUGCUAGUCGGUUUAAAAGAAAUGUUGUUGUAA